AUGGAGAAAAUCAUUCACGAAUACUACUCGGAUCUCCUUGAUAGCCACGUCCACCUCACGUUGUAUGAAAUAAAGAAGGAUGUUGUACCACCGGUUCUACAUUCCAUAAUCCGACAUGCCAUUUCGUCGGUGACCGAUGGACAAGAGCCGUUAGUGACUGGAUUCCUCGUGAUGUUAAACGUUCUGCAGGAGGACCACCGACCUGAUGGUCAAAGUUCUUCACGAAAAGCCUAG